AUGUCACCAAAACCAAAGAUUCAAGGCCGUCGCGCCCGGACAACUCCAUACAACAGGCUCGUCACCGUCGCGGUUGCUUUUGGUUCCUUUACAUAUGGAUAUUGCUCUGCCAUCAUCGGCAGUACCAUUGGUCAGCCCGGAUGGUACGCCUUCUUCAACCUUCCUCAACAGGGUGAGGAGGGCUAUGGCAACAUCACCGCCCAAGCCAUUGCUACGGCAAAUGGUCUGUACAGCUCUGGAGGAGCCGUGGGAAGUCUCUUCGUCAUGUGGGCAGCCACUGCUCUAGGCCGAAAGAUGUCCAUCCAGAUCGGUGCGGCUUGCGCAAUUCUCGGCGGCGCACUUCAAGGUGGCGCUGCAAACCUCGCCAUGUUUCAAGUCGGGAGAGUCAUUUCAGGAGUUGGUAUCGGAAUUCUCGUCACAGCAUGUCCCAUGUAUCUCUCAGAGCUGGCGCCUCCCAACAAACGAGGCUGGCUGGUUGGCCACCACGCAAUAUUCCUCGUCUUUGGAUACAUGCUCUCUGGAUGGCUUGGGUUCGCUUGCUACUUUGCCACUGACAAGAAUCCCUCCUUCGCCUGGCGUUUUCCGCUCUGCGUACAGUGCCUGUCACCGCUUGUACUCCUCAUCACAAGUAUCUGGAUCCCGCGAUCUCCCCGUUGGCUCCUGCAGCAAGGCCAAGUCGAACAAGCGUGGAAAGUCAUUCAAGCCCUUCGAAGGUCACCCGAAGACCCCGAUGAUCUGGUCGCCAAGGAAGAACUUUACCAGGUCAAGAUGCAGAUUGCUCUAGACACUGAAAAACUCAAGGCCAUUGGCUGUACGCCAUGGUCGGCGGUGUUGAAGAAGAAGAGUUACCGAAAGAGGAUGAUUAUUGGAUUCCUCACCCAGUGGGGUGCUGAGUUUGCUGGGCCACUCGUCAUUAACAACUACUCCGUCCUCCUUUACACCAACCUUGGCCAGACGGGCUCCAUGCCUCUGCUCCUCUCUGCUCUGUGGUUGACCACUGCUGGCGUCAUCUACAACCCUCUCGGCGCUUGGCUCCAUGACAAGAUCAACUCGCGACGAUGGAUGUUUAUGGUCGGACUCUUCGGCUGCCUCGUCACAACAUCUGGACUAGUUGGGUGUAUUGCACAAUAUGGCGGCACGACUAAUCGAGCCGGCAACGCAGCGGGAGUGUUCUUCGUCUUCCUAUAUCUUGCAUUCCAAGGUACACUCUGCGACACGACCAUGUAUCUCUACGUGUCCGAGAUCUUCCCCACAGAAAUUAGACCCAUCGGCAUGGGGUUCUCCAUGUUCGGCCAGUUUGCCUCGACCAUCAUCCUCCUCCAAACCGCGCCAAUCGGCAUGGAGCAAGUCGGCUGGAAGUACUACCUGGUCAUCAUCGUGUGGUGCAUCUUCUUCAUUCCGAUCGUCUACUUUUUCUUCCCCGAAACUGCGCAGCUGUCGCUUGAAGAGAUUUCUGCUCAGUUUGGCGACGAUGUUGCGGUUCAUGUCAACGACGUGACGGACGCGCAGCGCAAGGAGCUCGACGAUUUCUUGAAGAAUCAAGAUGUCUCCAUGAUUGCCAAGGAUGACCGGCCCUUUUUGGAGACAGUGGAGGACAAAUUGUCCACAGAUAAGAGCUGA